GAAUCAGUGAACCGUUCUGUAUGAAUCUUUUUAGUGAAUUGUUUCAAAGGAUUCGAAUCACUUAAUGAAUCAAGUCCUUAGCAUUUCACCUUCUCAAACAGUAAAGCGCAAAAACAAAUCUGAGUGAGCUUAGAUUUUAAAGGCUGGGGUACGUAUGGUUGUUUUUUAAAGACAAUCGGGAUUAGUAAGAAGAAUGCCGACAAAUUGCAACAUGUUUUGAUUUGUUGUUAUUGCCAAGACAUUGUUUCACUGCCUCAGCUGUUUUGAAGAAGCUGUUGGACUGGCUUUUAUAAAGUCUUUUACACCACUGGAUCUUAAAGCCCGUCUUGUUUUCGGUGUAAUGCUUCGUCAGGUGAAAGGUGGACUGGAAAUACCUUUAUUUACAAGAGGAUUCGAUAGUUUAAAUAAGACUAAACUUUAACAAACAUAAACACACAAACGAGGCGCCGGUAGAUUUUACGGGAAAACUAUGGCCGAGACGAACCGGACCGACGUGUAUGUUUACGAACAGGUUGUUAUCCUGGCAUCAUGUAUACUUUCGUUUUUUGGGUCACUUUUAAUCAUAUGCACAUAUGUACAUUGGCUCGAUCUGAGAACUACACCGAGAAAACUGCUCGUGUAUCUGUCUGUCUCUGACCUUCUGUCUGCACUUUCGUACUUUUACGGAGUUGUGCGGAUUUUUGACUCUGAUUCUGCGGAUUGUAUUGCGCAAGGAGCAAUUUCCACAUUCGCGAACACCAGCUCAUUCUUCUGGACCGUGGCUAUUGCCAUCUACUUAUACGUUUUUAUUGUGAAGUCCAGCCUGAGACAGGCCGACAACUUGGUGCUGUAUUUUCAUCUCAUCAGCUGGGGCGUUCCUUUAGCCAUCACUGUGGCAGCCCUGUCUCUGCACAAGAUCGGCUAUGAUGCCUCUGAAGUGUCUGUAGGCUGGUGCUGGGUGAACAUCCAGGCUGAAGACCAUGUGCUGUGGAUGCUGCUCACGGGAAAGAUCUGGGAGUUCAUUGCCUAUGCCACACUGCCAGUCCUGUACAUCCUUAUUAAGAUACACAUUAAAAGAGCACAUGCAGCCCUUUCUGAGUACCGUCCCAUCCUGACCAGCAGCCCCGUCUCUCACUCGCUGUCUUCCAUGGCGGACAGGAAGCUCACCCUCAUCCCCAUCAUCUUCAUCAUGCUCCGCGUGUGGAGCACCAUCCGCUUCCUGCUCCUGCUGGCUGGCUCCUCUGCAGGGCACAACCCAGUACUGGUGACCUUGCACGGAAUUGGAAACACCUUUCAAGGAGCUGCGAACUGCAUCAUGUUUGUGCUGUUAACUCCCUCGAUUCGUUCACGACUGGUGGCUCUGCUGUGCUGCAAAGGUCAGGACAGACACUGGAGCUCAGAAUCAGUGUCUCAGAACAGGGCAAAUGCACAUACGCCUUCACAAAGGGAGGAAAACACCAGCCCCCGAACCUUGGAGAACAGCGAGGAGUAAGAGAUACUAUGAUCCUGCAUUUGAACGCACAAGGCUGGAUGAUACCGAUAAUGAAAGCUCUGUGGUUGUUUGAGUUACAUCAGAGCCUUACACUCAGCCUUCUUGUUUGACCAAGCGCCUUCACGGAUUACAGGGGACUGCGGUCACAUGCACAAAACCCUCAGAGCAUGGAACACAAACGCACUUUCUGUUACAGGUUUAGCUCAGCACUUUAGGCGAAAGGCUUUCUGUCUUCCAAAUCUGUUUUCAUUCUGCUGCCGCAGAUAUCUCAUGUUCAUUUAAAUAGAAAUGAGAUCUGUAGCUCAGGGGAAGCGAGGAUACAGCAGUUUAUUAACUAGUGACCAAAAUGGCAAAUGUACUGUGAAGUGUUUUUACAAGGGAUUUUUUUCCUCUUUCUCCCAACAAAGCACAUGAGUUCUUAAUACAAAGUUAUUACUGUACAUUACAUCUAUUAUGUAUUUUUAAGGCAUGAUUUAUAUGUAUAAUAUACUGUAUGUAUAUGUAUAAACUUAUAGUAUUUUCCUGGAUUUAUGUAUUAUGUCAUAAUCUCAUUUCUCUUUAUUCACUUUUCACUGUAUGUAGUCACAUGCACCUAGUUGGCCAAAAUUUACAGGACACAAGCCACAACCUGCACAUUUAUUGCUAUUUCACACGGUGCCUUUGAAUACUGGGGAAUAAGUGCCUUUUAAUCUUUGUAUAUGUAGUUCUCAAUUUGAACAUGUAGUUAUAAUUUUCAGCAUAUCAGCUGAAUUCAAUAAAGUGAUUACCUGUCA